AAAAAGAAAGAAAGGGGAAGAGGUGGAAUCACAUGGGCAUUAGUUUGUUGUCUCUCCCCCCCUGCCUCUCCCUCCUCCCCCUCCUCUCGUCUUCCAGACCAUGAUCUCUACCUUCACUUUCUCCAGUUAGACCUUCCUCCCUCCCUCCUUCCCUCCUCGCACUCUCUGUCAGUCGCUGUUCAUGGCCGACGAUAAGGAAAUGGCUGCGCCUGUGGUUGACGGGAAUGAUGCGGUUACGGGUCAGAUUAUUUCCACCACGAUAGGGGGCAAAAAUGGAGAACCCAAACAGACUAUCAGUUAUAUGGCAGAGCGUGUUGUGGGGACUGGGUCAUUUGGAAUUGUUUUCCAGGCGAGAUGCUUGGAAACGGGAGAGACUGUGGCUAUAAAGAAGGUUUUGCAGGACAGGAGAUAUAAGAACCGAGAGCUGCAGUUGAUGCGAAUGCUGGAUCAUCCAAAUGUGAUUUCGUUAAAGCAUUGUUUCUUUUCCACAACAAGUAAAAACGAACUUUUUCUCAACCUGGUGAUGGAAUAUGUACCCGAGAGCAUGUAUCGUGUUUUAAAGCAUUACAGCAGUGCAAAUCAAAGAAUGCCUCUGAUCUAUGUCAAACUUUACACGUACCAGAUAUUCAGGGGACUGGCAUACAUCCACAACGUUGCUGGUGUUUGUCAUAGGGAUUUGAAGCCUCAAAAUCUUUUGGUUGAUCCUCUUACUCACCAGGUUAAGAUUUGUGAUUUUGGAAGUGCGAAAAUGCUGGUCAAAGGAGAAGUUAACAUUUCAUACAUAUGUUCACGGUUCUAUCGGGCUCCAGAACUUAUCUUUGGGGCCACAGAAUAUACAACGUCCAUUGAUAUCUGGUCAGCUGGUUGUGUUCUUGCUGAGCUUCUCUUGGGCCAGCCCUUAUUUCCCGGAGAAAAUGCGGUGGACCAGCUUGUAGAGAUUAUCAAGGUUCUAGGAACACCCACAAGGGAAGAAAUUCGCUGCAUGAACCCAAAUUAUACAGAUUUUAGGUUUCCACAGAUUAAAGCACACCCAUGGCACAAGAUUUUUCACAAACGGAUGCCUCCAGAAGCAAUUGAUCUUGCUUCUCGUCUGCUGCAAUAUUCACCAAGUCUUCGCUGUACAGCGCUUGAAGCAUGUGGACAUCCCUUCUUUGAUGAACUUCGGGAACCUAAUGUUCGCCUACCAAAUGGUCGCCCUUUACCACCUCUUUUCAACUUUAAACAAGAAUUGACUGGGGCUUCACCAGAACUCAUCAACAAAUUGAUACCAGACCAUGUGAAACGGCAAAUGGCACUACAUAUGAUGCAUCCAGCAGGGACAUAAAAUCAUGGAAGUGUGAUGCAGAAUAGAAUAGAUAUCUGCUAGUUGAUGUGGUGGGGCACCAAGGAAGUACCAUCUUUGUGAAGCUUCCAUGGGUUAAGGCCUGUCCAGCUUCGUUUUCCAAUCUACCACAACUCAUACAGUAAUCGGCUGCUGGAUGGUGGCACUUUCCUGAUUCGUUUUUCUUAUCUAGUUUCCCUCUACCCUUCUCUUCAUUCCAUCGUUUCCUUUCCUAAAUGCCUUUUUUUACCUUGAUGUACAUGUUUCAUAGUGAAGAUAGAGUAAGUUGGACUGAUCAGAAAGCUGCUAGCAGAGGAAAAAGUUGAGGAAGUAUGUGUGUGUUAGCUAGAAGGUAGAAUGGCCUGGAGGCAAGGGGCGGGCCAUAUGGGUUUUUGGGUUUUUGUUUAUUUUCAUGUUGCUCCCUUUAGUUGUCGUGGUGGGUUUAUUGUGGCUGACUUGAAAUUGCAGACGAAAUUGUUUAUUACUCCUGUUUGUGCAAAUAUAAAUGCUGUUGCUCG